CAGAUAUAAUUUGACAACUGCAAUACUAUCAAAAUCAUUUUCGUGUUUACUUCAAAACUCCGUCUCCCUUAAAUCACCAGUAUGUCUCUGAACUCUGAAGAUUUGAACUAUGACUUCAACUACAACAUGUUCUUGGCGAAAAAUGCCAUAUCGAAUCUGCCUAAAUGCGAAGACAGGCAAAAAGUCGUGCGAUGGAUGAGAAAACUGGCCUCCAGCAACAGAACCGUGCAAGAAAUGAAGCUCCGCAACGAUUUCAUGUAUUAUUUGAUCAGCAACAUUCAGCGUGGUUUCCUGGAAGCUCCAUUUACGGAUCACCCUCCCACCAGUCCGUUGCCCAACAUUUCCAACCUUUUGCCCGGCGUCGGAGUUGAUGAUCCAGACGUCACGUUUGACAACAAAGACGGAACCGGUGGAAAAAUGCCCAUGCUAUAUGAAAAUUCACCAGACGGCGGAGCAUUUUUGGCAGCUCAGCCAGUACCACGUUGCGGGGCUUUCUGUUACUUGGCGGUUGUGGCCAGAAACCCCAAAGAAUAAAUUUUGUCUAAUAAUAUACUACAAAACACUAUAUGCUUUAACGUUCGGAGUACGAAUAAAUUGAACUUUUAAAUAAAAUAUAACAUUGCCAUUUU